GCGAGGGAGGGCCGAGGGAGGAGAGCGGGCUGCGGAGCGCCGGAGGGAGAAAGGGGAGGAGAAGGAGGAAAACCCCUGUCAAGGAGGUGGAGCGAGGGGAUGGUGUCCGCCUCCCGUUCCUCCCUGCCGUUUUCUGGAGGAGCCUGAACCGGGACAAAACACGCCGAAAGCGACACACACAAAGCCGGGGGUCCACGCUGGCGCUGGAGGCGAGCCCCGGCGGCCACGAGCGAGCCCGGGGCGCGGCGGGGCGCGGGGCGCGGUAGCGCUAGCAGGCGCGGGACGGUCGCGGGCAGCGCCCCCAAGCCGGGGCCGGGCACCUCGGCCGCUCGGGCCGCGGCGGGCGGCGGGGACCAUGCAGAGGAAAGUCUCCUGAGCCCGGCAACUUCGGCCCCUCCCCGCCCCCACCCGGCUGCCCUCGGCGCGGCCCUCCCCAUGUGCAGCCGGCCGGCCGAGCUCUCCUCCUCGCGGCGGAUGGGUGACCUUUUCCUGGCCCGGGCCGGCUGUGCGAGGCGGCGGAGCAGGCGAUGAAGAAGCAGCAGCAGCAUCCCGGCGGCGGCGCGGAUCCCUGGCCCCAUGGGGCCCCUGUGGGGGGCGCCCCUGCGGGCCUGGGCGGCUGGAGGCGCCGGGUCUCCCUGCUGCCUUUCCUGCGCUUCUCCCUCCGGGACUACGGUUUCUGCAUGGCCACCCUGCUGGUCUUCUGCCUGGGCUCCCUCUUCUACCAGCUCAGCGGGGGACCCCCUCGCUUCCUGCUCGACCUGCGGCAGUAUUUGGGAAAUUCCACUUACUUGGAUGACCAUGGACCACCUCCUAGUAAGGUACUGCCCUUCCCCAGCCAGGUGGUGUACAACAGGGUGGGCAAAUGUGGCAGCCGCACUGUGGUCUUGCUUCUGAGAAUCUUGUCAGAGAAGCACGGAUUCAAUUUGGUGACAUCAGACAUUCACAACAAAACCAGGCUUACAAAAAAUGAACAAAUGGAACUGAUUAAAAAUAUAAGUACUGCCGAACAACCCUAUUUAUUCACCCGACACGUUCAUUUCCUCAACUUCUCAAGGUUUGGAGGAGACCAGCCCGUCUACAUCAACAUCAUUAGAGACCCCGUCAGCCGGUUUUUAUCUAACUAUUUUUUUCGUCGCUUUGGAGACUGGAGAGGGGAACAGAACCACAUGAUCCGCACCCCCAGCAUGAGGCAGGAGGAGCGCUACCUGGAUAUCAAUGAGUGCAUUCUUGAAAACUACCCUGAGUGUUCCAACCCCAGGUUAUUUUACAUCAUUCCGUAUUUUUGUGGACAGCAUCCCCGAUGCAGGGAGCCUGGUGAGUGGGCCCUUGAACGUGCAAAGCUGAACGUGAAUGAAAACUUCCUGCUCGUGGGCAUUCUGGAGGAGUUGGAAGAUGUGCUGCUUUUACUGGAAAGAUUUUUACCUCAUUACUUCAAGGGUGUGCUCAGCAUCUACAAGGACCCAGAGCAUAGGAAACUUGGAAACAUGACUGUGACGGUGAAGAAGACUGUCCCCUCUCCCGAGGCCGUGCAGAUCCUCUACCAGCGAAUGAGAUACGAGUACCAGUUCUACCACUACGUCAAGGAGCAGUUCCACCUGCUCAAGCGCAAGUUUGGACUCAAGUCUCGAGUGAGCAGACCCGCCCUGCGGCCGCAGUUCUUCAUCCCAACCCCGCUGGAAACCGAGGAGCCCAUGGACGAUGAGGAGCAAGACGACGAAAAGUGGCUAGAAGAUAUUUAUAAGAGGUGAUGCCGGCACUGCAUUGCUCCAUGGCUGUGUCUCCCUUUUCCAGAAAGGUUGUUUUGUUUGUUUGAGGAAGAAAAUCCAGAAGGGACUUAAAUUAAUGCUUGGGUGCAUUAAAAAGAACAAAACAUUCCCACAUGUUGGGGUCAUUGGGAGAUGCCCGGUUUUGCGGGUUUUAUUUGUUUAAUUUUAUUCUGUGUUUUUCUUUGGCUCUUUUGAGCCUUUCCCAGGUACACUAGAUGGCUCCAUCACAAGGCGUCUUGUCCCAAAGUAGCUUACACAGCCCCACCCCCCUGUACAUAGCAGAGGGGGAGAAAUAUAUCCCACAGCCCAAUAAUUUAUCAUUUGUAAAAUGAUUUGUAAAAAUCUUACCUCAAUGGCAGAAGACAUCCAGACUUGUAUGUUGCAGUAGAACUACAAAAACCACUUCAGAGACCAGGGAGUCUGCUCUAGAAGAAAGAGAGGGAAAGGUAAGGCAGGAAAAAACAUCAAAGGGAGAUCCCCGUGAAGUGGUUUCUACCCACAUGGGUAGCAUUCCAUCUCUGCCCCAUCUCAGGGGACACUGCCAUCAAGAGCAGUGUACUUAUCUCUGAAAGAACAAAUUGUCUUGUGCCACAUCCCCAAUCAAUCAGCACCUGAAGUACCUUUCAAAGUCAAAGUGCAUGGUCAAAGUGCAUGUCUCCAUUGAGACGUUUCAUUUCCAAGCACCAUUCUGAAGACUCAAAGUUGCAUAGCAAGGAAAAGGAUUUGUUCUCAGGACAGAUCAAAAUCUGGGGGUCAUGUGACAUCAGGAAAAGGGCAUGAGUGUGUGCUUUGCAUCUAAUCUGAACAUCCCUGUCCCUAGCAUUGCUUUCAAUGAAGUCCCAGGAACCAUUUUAGCUCUGAUGUUGAUGCCAGGAAUUCUAAGCCUGACCACAGACAGUGCAUAAAUCUCUCAAGUCCACCCCUGGCCAAGUCGGGUCUUGCAGAACCUGGUAUCUUUUACCUCUCAGGGGACCCCCAGGAGGUCCUAUUUUUAGUAACAAGGGAUCCUGAGCUCUGUACAGACAGCACUAGAACUACAGUCUCGUUUCUUAUGGAACUGUUUGUUCCUGAGGACCCUUGCCAGGGACAUCAAAAUGAGAAGUAAGACUUCUGGGUAAGAGACUGAUUGACCAACUUUCUGAAUAAAUGGAUGCCCCUCGUAUGAUCUGAAUAGACGUUGGCCAGUUCCAUCACCCCAAAAUAAUCCUCCUCUCCACUUCCCACACCCCCACUACCUGCCCCCCAUAAGCAAAGUCUUGGUUCAAUCGUUAGAAAUCAAUUCCUUUGAAUUCAAAAGUACUUUCACUCUUAUAAAACACCCUGAGAAUACAUGUUCUCCUGGGUAGAUGAUGUACAGCGAGUGAGGAACCCAAGAUGCAGCGGUAGUGGUGUGAAGAAUACUUGUGACAAAUUUUGCCUGCUCCGUGCUUUCCCCUAGAGCCAAUUCUCGAAGAGCACUAGCAAAGUACUAGCAAGUACUUAAUAGCAAAUAAGACUCUGGCUUUACACGAGCUACACAUUUUCUGCUUUUCAGAAACCAACAAGUCUCUCUAGAAUUCUUUCUUCCUUCACUAAAACUGGACAGGAGCCAAGAUAUAAAGCAAGUCAUUUGGAACCUGCCGAGUGGGCGCUGAAGUCACUUUAUCAUGAGAUAUAUUAAGAAGGCUCCAGCCCACAGGCACCCAGUGAAGGCAGGGACCACAGAGGCAAGAAAUCUAGCAUGUGGCCACUUGUGGGCCUCCUUUCUGCCUCAGGGAGUGGAGCAGCCAAGUGAAUAAGGGAAAUGUUCUCAGAGGAAGAAGAACCCUUUGUCCUGUGCAGAGAGACCAGGGCCCUCCCAUUAGGCAUACUUCGAAAAGCAACCUGGAAAACAGCUAUCAUGUUCAAAACAAUUACAAGAACUGCUGCCCGGUAUGUUGUGAGUCAUUUCUAUGAAAUUACACUUAAAUAAUGAAGAUUAGUUUACACACUGUGCAGUCUCACAAUCUGAAAUAAAGUUGCGUUGGCUAAGUUUUCUCUGCUGUUGUCAGAAGAUUAGGACAAUUGGUCACUCAGAAAAAAAACCCUCUUUCUGCCAGUUCACAUGGGCACUUGUACCUGUGUGUUCAAAGGCAUUUAUUUUCAGCAGUGAUCUUUGUAACUCCAUGACAAAAGGUGCCAACUGAUUUACUUGCAGGGCCUUCUUGUUAUUUUGUGUCAACAAACAGUCUCUAGGUCCUAAAAGUCAAGGCAGCCAUCAGUUUCUUUGGCACGCAUGACAACAUUUCUUUGGCCCCGGGCCCAACAUAGUUUGUACUUCAUGAAAUAUAUUGUACAUUUUACAUAGUUUAAUUUAAAAAAUACAUUUUAAGCUAGUUGAUCUUUGACUGCCUUAUUUAUUAUAACCUUUCAGCACAUUCCAAGGUUUUAGUUACUCAGGAAGGAGUUAAUUAAAAUGAUUUUAUUUUGGUCUGAUGGAUGUUUUUUAAAAGGAAAAUUAUUAUUAUGAACCCUCAGCCUACUUUCCUUGAGUGCUAUAAAAGUGCUUGUAAAUCUUUUUUUUUUUAAAGAAGAAAGAAAAAAAUGGUGUUUGACAUUGAUGGAAAUUCAAAAGUAUAUGUGGAACUGAAACAUUAGCUUAGCUAAAAUAAAAGCAAUCUGUGUUUGAGAUGAAGUGUUCCUUAACUUAUUCAUUACCCAUAUAAAUAAAUGAAUAUAAGUAAGUUGAAAUUUUUUCCAUUCUGUUGAUAGCUAGAAAUAAAAGUGCCUAUGGUUUCUCACAGACCCCUCAACCUUCUUAAUUGGCAAAGCUCUUUUCCUCGAGAUGUGAUUUCGAAAAGAUGUGUUUUUGAAAAACUAACAACUUUCAUUUGUGUAGCUAUACAACACCAAAAAAAAAAGCAAUUAAAAAAAUCAGCUUGUCAUUCAUUCAUCCAGUUGUGUUUUUAAAAUACCAAACAAUUGGUUUUAUUGCUGUUUCCACUGGUAAAUUUUGUGUUAGAAGGCUACAUCAGAAUCCUCAGUCUCUGAUGUCAUGUGUCUAGGCUGCAUGUCUACAGACAGGUAGAGAAGGAAGGGCCGGCCCCCCCAUGGCCCUCCUUGUGUAAACUGGAUGUUUCUCACACACAGCCUCAAAAACUGGAUAAUUCUAACCUUUCACGUGAAUGACCUUCAUGCAGAAAUGCCCACCCUGGGAAAUUUCACUGUUGUAGUCUAGAAUCUACAGAGAAAAAAAAAGGGAGAAACAGAAUUCUCAUGCCUUCUAAAUGUUACACACUACAUUCCAACCACAUGUGACUCUUUUGUUAAAAGAAUCAGUAUCUUGGUAUUAGAUGAAAGAGAAGUCAAUUUUGAGGGCUGGGGUUGUAGCACAGUGGUAGAGCGCUUGCCUAGCAUGGAUGAGGCACUGAGUUUGAUCCUCAGCACUGCAUAAAAAUAAAUGAAUAAAAUAAAGGUAUUGUGUCCAUCUGUAACUAAAAAAAAAUUGGAAAAAGAAAAGUAUUUUGAUAAUGAUGUGAUGUACUUCAAAUA